CGUUCUCAAAUCUCGAACCCCGAGAGCGACCGAGCGGGGUCCGGCGCUGUAGACACCGGCACGUAGUCAUUUCCGGUCCUGAAUUUUGACUCUCUGCGUCAUUCAACGGAGCUUAAGUAUGGCGCUUACUGAUAUCAAAUGUCGAUAGUUAUAAAGAGGUAUAAAUAAUAAUAAAAGGAACUUUUAUAAUUCCAAGUCAAUUUAAUAACAACCACUCAUCAAAAACAAUUAAGAAGAGACGAAAAAGCGUAAAGAUAGUAACCUAAGUACUAUGGCCAGCGACAACAAGGGAAAACCUCCGUACCCGCCUUUCACGGCCGAAACUGCUCAUAUCAAAGUGAAGGCCGCUCAAGACGCCUGGAAUACCAAAGACCCGGCAAAAGUAAAACUGGCCUACACGCCAGACUCUAUCUGGCGAAACCGAGGCACCUUCCUUCAAGGCAGAGAUGAAAUCGAGGCCUUCCUAACGAAGAAAUGGGAGCGCGAGCAGGGAUACCGGCUCCGCAAGGAGCUUUUCGCUUUCACCGACAACAAGAUCGCCGUCCAGUUUUGGUACGAGUGGUAUGACGCCGAGGGCCAGUGGUGGCGGACGUACGGGCUCGAGGACUGGACUUUUGCCGAUGACGGGCUGAUGAGGAAACGCCAGAUGAGUGGUAAUGAUGUCAAGAUCACCCACGAAGAGAGAUGGUAUAAGGAUGGUGUAGAUGUGAAUACGGUUCCCAUCUCCGAGAAGCAUUGGUAACUCGGAAGGGCCUCUUGCCCGGGUAGUGGUGUAUAUUCGAGAAGUAUACUGUUGCUGUAUGUAUGGCUUCAAGAAUCAAUGGUUUAGGGACUUUGGUGUAAGCAAUACGUUACCCAUAAGAACCAGUAUAACAGCAAAGCUAUCACUUGCUACAAUGACCAUGCUUGAAGUCUACACGAGAAUUCAUAAUACUAAUGCAGCCAGGAUAGCCAUCAAAGUUAUGGGUGCGUGAGAGAAGCAGGAAAACGUAUAAAGGGGCUCAGGUGGUACUAAUUAAUAACCACUUCCUAUUCCUCGUCGA